GAAGAGGAAGAAAAAGGAGAAGUCGCUUAUGAACUUCCUGUGAGUAAAGUGGUAACUUUGUUUUGGAAGUUUCAAAUAACUAAUCUUCCCAGAUACGUUUAAUGCAGUUUUCACAAAGGCUGAGGAAGAAAACUGGAGUUCAUCAAUCUUACGCCGGGCACUUCCCACAUGCACAGCAGAGGAAAUCAAACCUGAUAAUCUAUUGAAGUAGACGCCUGAUCCAAUGAAAGCAAGAUGGCAAAACCAGGUCACACAACAGUGAAAGGUAGAACUCAAACCAAAAACGGCAAAGUCAAGAAGAACACAUCAGAGAAAGUUUUCUCAGCGAAUGUUUCACCCGUUGUCAAAAAAGGAUCCAUGCAAUUCAAGGCCUGUUCUUUGUCAAGUACCCCAAAAAGAGGCAGGAAACAAAAACGGCUAGAACGAGAAGCCUGUUUGACUUCCACACCAGUCCACAGCUCCUCUGCUUCAGACAUCUCCACAUCCCGUCAAAGAACAAAACGCGUGGAGCAACAAUGCACUGAAGUCAUCACACGGUCAAAGACAUCAGGGGUGCGUUCCUCGUGCAACGCAUCAAAGUCUCCAAGCCGGAAGUGCCAUGUUGCCAGACCAACACAAGUCCAAAAAAAAGUGGCAACUGUGCAAAAGCAGGCCUGCAGUGGAAGCAGUGCUUCUCCAGUUGAGUGCCGACGAGGCAAAGAAAGAAAUUGGAGAAAACAAACUCAGACAUGGAUACCGCAACUCAGCCAUCAAAACGAUGCAGACCAAGAUUUGAACUUGAGGUGUCUCAUACAACAGAGCAAGGUAAAGAGUGUGAACUGUAAGAUGAAAAAGGCCAGCAUCAAGUUCAUUGACAACUUCUUGGUUGAACAAAAGAAUGGGGAAAAUUCUGGCUUGCGUUCUGCUCAACUGUCUAGUUACAACACCUUGAGCAGGGCCUCCUCCCAGAAAGUCAGUGUGGAUUCCGUGCCGAACUUGGCCUUCGAUACGGUCAGCAGAGAAGGCUUGUGGAAAAUCAUGGAGAAGUUUGGCUGCCCCGGCAAGUUCAUCACAAUCGUGCGACAGUUUCACUACGGCAUGAUGGUCAAAGUUCUGGAUGAUGGAGACGAGUCCGCAGCCUUCAUAGUCACCAGUGGUGUUAAAACAGGGCUGUGUGCUUGCCCCUACAUUGUUCAGCAUGGUUUCUCUGCCAUGCUGACUGACGCUUUCAGGACUGCCAGGGCUGGCAUUAGCUCAGAUAUAGGACUGAUGGCAGGCUGUUCAACCCCAGACGCUCCCGGGCUGUCACCAGAAAACCUACUCAUCAACAAGACCGAAGUCAUGUACCAACCAGCACCUCGCGGUGAAAGGACAGAACCUGCAGGGCAGUUUGACAGUUUCACCUACCUGGGCAGAACCCUCUCUCGUGCAGUCAACAUCAACGCCGAAAUCAACAACAGGAUUGCCAAGGCCAGCGCCGCUUUUGGGAGUCUCCGUGAGAAUGUCUGGGAACAGAGAGGUCUCAGCCUUACCACCAAGCUGAAGGUCUACCAUGCAGUGGUUCUAACUACACCCUUCUCUAUGCCAACAUCAGGGGUGCGUUCCUCGUGCAACGCAUCAAAGUCUCCAAGCCGGAAGUGCCAUGUUGCCAGACCAACACAAGUCCAAAAAAAAGUGGCAACUGUGCAAAAGCAGGCCUGCAGUGGAAGCAGUGCUUCUCCAGUUGAGUGCCGACGAGGCAAAGAAAAGAAAUUGGAGAAAACAAACUCAGACAUGGAUACCGCAACUCAGCCAUCAAAACGAUGCAGACCAAGAUUUGAACUUGAGGUGUCUCAUACAACAGAGCAAGAUGAGUCUGCAGUGUCCUCAGAUCUGUCCAUAGAACUGAGUCACAAUGAGCAACUGAUGGGCUCUGUGUCUUUCAAAGAGGAAGAUGAUGAUGAGGAAGAGCUGCCCAGUUUCUUGAUGCAAGAGAACAAAAAGUCUUCAAUUACAAAGGGGCAAUUUGUGUGGUGCAAAUACAGAAGUUAUCCAUUGUGGCCUGCACUGGUAAAGAGUGUGAACUGUAAGAUGAAAAAGGCCAGCAUCAAGUUCAUUGACAACUUCUUGGUUGAACAAAAGAAUGGGUUAACUGUGGCUCUGAAAACUCUGAAGCCUUUUGACUGUGAAGAGGCCAAUGACCUGGUGCUUAAAGCCAAAGAAAACUAUGACACUGCGAUCGAAUGGUCCAUAGAGCUGAUCAAUGACUAUAGAAUGCGGAUUGCAUGUCGCUCAUUUUCUGGCUCGUUCAUUGAAUACUUUGUGCACGAUAUGAGCUAUCCAGUGAGGAGGAAGUAUCCUCAGGUAGCUUCAGAAAGAUUUGGCAUCAUCAGCGAUGUGGUAUCAUGUGACGAGUCCAAUGACGACAGCUUUAGUGAGCACCUGGAGGAAAAGGUCUGCAGGACCUCAAAGCGACUGCUGCCUGAUCGGACCUGUGCUGCUCAUAACCGCGCCAAUGAGAAACUUGUACAUUUUAUUGUCAAGCAGCGCAUGGUGGAUCAACACCUUCUGGCUGUGAUCUGCGGACGGCAACAGUCCAGGUGGCUUCGCUCCUUUCUGAGCACCAACCGGAGAAGGGUGGUGAGUGUGUACUUGGAAGACGACAGACAGGUGGACGAGGUUUAUAUGUACCUGAGUGACUUCCACGCCACAGCUCUGGACACUGCCCCUUGUCUGGCAGAGGUGAAAUCCACAGAGCAUGUCAGCUUUGUCCUUGAUGUGCUUCUUCCUGAGGCCAUCAUCUGUGCCAUCGCUGGGGUGGAAGAUAUUUCACUUAAAAAAGCAGAAGAAAAAUAUCUAAAAGGACGAUGUAUAAGUAACAGAGAAAGGCAGGAGUUUGACUUGAUGAUUGAGCAGCACGUGAGGACAAAAUUAUAGUAUCAGGAUGCUGGAUAUCCCAAGUUUGAUGUGUAUUCUCUCGUCAUCAGGUUGAAGAGCCCUGAUGUUGUGAAAAAUUGUGUAAUUUGUGUUAUUGUUUUAUUGGGGGGGGGGGGGGGGUCCCCUCUGCUUCCUGCCGGGGUCAAAUUGGCGAGCCAGUCUCAAACUUUUCUCCUCCCCCAGUGUAUGACAUCGUCUCAUACUCCCAUACUAUUGGCAGUUAGGGAUACAUAUUGUCUUCAUUCAGCUGCUCUUUUCCAGAUAGUUUUGUUAUUGUA